AUGCCACUGAACCAAGAGUCCCGUGAGCGACGGCGACGGCAGAACCGCGAAUCGCAGCAACGCCGAAGUAUGACAGCCCUGACCGGAACUGCGGUGCGUAGCCAAGCUGACAAUGGCAUAACUCUAGGGCAGCGUCAAAAACAACCGUCUGGCCCCAGCACCAUUGACGGUUUGCUCGGUCCAGUGGGACAGAAACUCACCGUCAAGGAAGCAACCAUCAACACACCAUUCAUGAGCCUGCCCCCGUCGCCGCCUUACCCCGAGUAUUUACACGGAUCGCAGGCGUUGGUGAGCUACUUUGUUCAAGAUCCCCCGCAUUGGGUACAGCACCAACCGAAGAGCCAUGGAGAUUCUCAGUCGGCCUGGCCACUAAUGGGUCUUGACUUUCCCGUCACCCGGAAUGAGCGAGACGAACACUUUAGAGAGGAUGGCCACGACAAUGUCAUGCUGCAACCCGUCGCCGAUGACAUCAUUUCAUCACCACAUGUCCAAUACCAAAGUCCGGCUUCGGUCUCGCAAUCAACGUCGAGCAUGAGCAGUCACGCCAUGCUCAGUGGCCAGCCACGUCGUAGCUAUUCGCAGGUGCAGCACGAACAGUCAGCCUCUGAUGCGAGCCACAGGCGCAGCGACACGGACGCGCCGGCAGCAUGCCUCGGGGCGAAUCCAAGCACCAGCCAGGCCAUGGAGAAGCGGUCUCCUGCAGAAAAAGCAAUCAAGGAGGUCCAAGUGCUUUACAAGCUUGGUGUCAAGGUCGGAUUCCUGAAAAGAGACGACCGAGUGAGGAACUACCUGGCCGCGAUGAGGCGGAAAUACCACAAAAUGCCGUUUCUGAGAGACGAAGACUGCGAAAGCUCGAGCUACACAGAUGACUCGUACGGUGGAGACUCGGAGUGA